ACAUUGUGUAGUUUGCGUGUUCGUCCGCAGCCGUGUCACUGGUUCAGUUUUGCAUGACUGAUGUCUGUAGCUUGCGAACUACUUUAGCUGACUUGCAGUAGAUGGCCAGCUAACCCCGAGGCUAGCUUGCUACCUUGCUGAACAACGAAAACGAGGCCGCUUCGGCCUUGGCCAACACCAAAGCCGGGGACUGUUAGUGAUUUCCACACUACUCGGUCUCACGCUUUAACUUGGAUCAAGUCGCUCUGAUCAGACGGUCGCUGGCUAAUGAACAUUGAUUGUCUGAUUGAUCAGACUCAUCAAUUAACAAACAAAGCUUCCAGGAUGGAGUGGCAGCCCGAUGAACAGGGCCUUCAGCAGGUUCUCCAGCUCUUGAAGGACUCCCAGUCCCCAAACACUGCCACACAGAGGGCUGUGCAAGAAAAACUGGAACAACUUAAUCAGUAUCCUGAUUUCAACAACUAUCUCAUCUUUGUCCUCACAAGCCUGAAAUCCGAAGGUAUCCUGAUCACGACCAUCGCCUCUAAAGGGGAGCUGCAAGCCUGGCCAGAGCUUCUGCCUCAGCUGUGCAACCUGCUCAACUCUGAGGACUACAACACGUGUGAGGGCUCGUUUGGCGCUCUGCAGAAGAUCUGCGAGGACUCCUCCGAGCUCCUGGACAGCGACGCCCUGAACCGCCCCCUCAACAUCAUGAUCCCCAAAUUCCUCCAGUUCUUCAAGCACUGCAGCGCCAAGAUCAGAUCCCACGCCAUCGCGUGUGUGAACCAGUUCAUUAUCAGCCGAGCCCAGGCCCUGAUGGACAACAUCGACACCUUCAUCGAGAGCCUGUUUGCGCUGGCUGCAGACGAGGACUCGGAGGUGAGGAAGAACGUGUGCCGCGCCCUGGUCAUGCUGCUGGAGGUCCGAAUCGACCGGCUCAUCCCCCACAUGCACAGCAUCAUACAGUACAUGCUGCAGCGCACGCAGGACCCCGAUGAGAACGUGGCUCUGGAGGCCUGUGAGUUCUGGCUCACCCUGGCAGAGCAGCCCAUCUGCAAGGAGGCCCUGUCUGGGCACUUAGUGCAACUCAUUCCCAUCCUGGUGAACGGGAUGAAGUACUCCGAGAUCGACAUCAUCCUGCUAAAGGGCGACGUGGAGGAGGACGAGACGGUGCCGGACAGCGAGCAGGACAUCAAGCCGCGCUUCCACAAGUCGCGCACCGUCACCCUGCAGCACGAGGGCGGGGGCGGCGAGGAGGGCGAGGACAUCGACGAGGACGAAGACGACGACGACGACACGCUGUCCGACUGGAACCUGCGUAAGUGCUCUGCGGCUGCUCUGGACGUCCUGGCCAACGUGUUUCGGGACGAGCUGCUGCCCCACCUGCUCCCCCUGCUGAAGGGCCUGCUGUUCCACCCGGACUGGGUCAUCAAGGAGUCCGGCAUCCUGGUGCUGGGAGCCAUCGCCGAGGGCUGCAUGCAGGGCAUGGUGCCCUACCUGCCGGAGCUCAUCCCGCACCUGAUCCAGUGCCUGUGCGAUAAGAAGGCCCUGGUGCGCUCCAUCGCCUGCUGGACGCUCAGCCGCUACGCCCACUGGGUGGUGAGCCAGCCGCCCGACUCGCACCUCAAGCCGCUGAUGACCGAGCUGCUCAAGCGCAUCCUGGACGGGAACAAGAGGGUGCAGGAGGCCGCCUGCAGUGCGUUCGCCACCCUGGAGGAGGAGGCGUGCACGGAGCUGGUGCCCUACCUGAGCUUCAUCCUGGACACGCUGGUGUUCGCCUUCGGGAAGUACCAGCACAAGAACCUGCUCAUCCUGUACGACGCCAUCGGCACGCUGGCCGACUCCGUGGGGCACCACCUCAACCAGCCGGAGUACAUCCAGAAGCUGAUGCCCCCCCUCAUUCAGAAAUGGAACGAGCUGAAGGACGAGGACAAGGACCUCUUCCCCCUGCUGGAGUGUCUGUCAUCGGUGGCCACGGCCCUGCAGAGCGGCUUCCUGCCGUAUUGUGAGCCGGUGUACCAGCGCUGCGUCACCCUGGUGCAGAAGACCCUCGCCCAGGCCAUGAUGUACAACCAGCACCCGGACCAGUACGAGGCCCCUGAUAAGGACUUCAUGAUCGUGGCCCUGGACCUGCUGAGCGGCCUGGCCGAGGGCCUGGGGGGCCACGUGGAGCAGCUGGUUGCCCGUAGCAACAUCAUGACCCUGCUCUUCCAGUGCAUGCAGGACACGAUGCCGGAGGUGAGGCAGAGCUCGUUCGCUCUGCUGGGAGAUUUGACCAAGGCCUGCUUCCCUCACGUCAAGCCCUGCAUCGCGGAGUUCAUGCCCAUCCUGGGCACCAACCUGAACCCGGAGUUCAUCUCCGUGUGCAACAACGCCACCUGGGCCAUCGGGGAGAUCUGCAUGCAGAUGGGGGCAGAGAUGCAGCCCUAUGUGGGGCUGGUCCUGAAUAACCUGGUGGAGAUCAUCAACCGGCCAAACACCCCCAAGACCCUGCUGGAGAACACCGCCAUCACGAUUGGACGCCUGGGCUACGUGUGUCCCCAGGAGGUGGCGCCGAUGCUGCAGCAGUUUAUACGUCCCUGGUGCACCUCGUUGCGGAACAUCAGAGACAACGAAGAGAAAGACUCCGCCUUCCGAGGAAUCUGCAUGAUGAUUGGAGUUAACCCCGGGGGCGUGGUGCAGGACUUCAUCUUCUUCUGUGAUGCCGUGGCAUCCUGGGUCAGCCCUAAGGACGAUCUGAGAGACAUGUUCUACAAGAUCCUGCACGGCUUCAAGGACCAGGUGGGCGAGGAGAACUGGCAGCAGUUCUCCGAGCAGUUCCCGCCCUUGCUGAAGGAGAGGCUGUCGGCCUGCUACGGAGUGUAGCCCCGCCCCCGCCAUCAGACGCUUGUGUCAGGAUUAUGGACGGGAGGGUUGCCGGGGAAACUCAUUCAGCUCUGUGUAUUGCACUGCCCUGGUCGGGAGGGGGGAGAAGGGACCCUUUUCGACCUGCUUCUCCAGACAGACCCCACGCCCUGUGUGUCUCUUAUGGGGGGAGGGGGUGGGAUGGGGC